UUCCUUCUGCAGCAAGGCUGCUACUGAUUUGUACCAAUUUUAAUGUUUAGACCGAGAGCCUUAAACUUCUAGCACUUGCAGUUUUAGUUGAUGCACCCCAUAGUUUAUCAGUCUUUCAUCAAUCAGUAGUUAGGUCAGGUUGUUUCAGUAAAGUGUUCCUGAAGUCCUUUUUGUUUUGUAUUGUUUGCACUUUUUGUUUUCUCCAGUAAUUAUUAGGUCAUGUUGUUUUAUUUUGGAGAGGUGUUCUAUUUGCCCUUAUCUUUUGCCGAAGUGGGUCUUUAUUUUUUGAAUUUUUCGUUGGUUGUCCACUUGCUGUGAGACUGUUCAUGAAUCUUUGGAGGGUUGUGCACUCAAUGCGACACCAGGAGUUAUGUUAUAUAGACAAUUUGGAUUGCGCAGGUAGUUGGAGCAAUGUUCAAGCAUGGAUUUGAAAUUCCCGGGGAUGCUUUCUCAUCCUAAAGCACCCUGGAUUAUUGUACUGCGCCUUCUUUUUCAUGCCGAGGCUAUGUCCAUUCGCUUCAGCUAAUCAUUGGAUAUGAUAUUUCACACUGGGGUAGAGAACUUUAGAGCUAGAAACAAAGCACAAGUAAGGGUUUUUUUCUCGUGUUGUUAAGGGCAGUUUAAGAUUUGUUUUCAUCCAAUAUUACUUCCUUUGCCAAAUUGGACACUUAAGUGCUGUUUAAAGAUUCCAAAACUUAUAAGGGCUCAUGUUGUCUCGAAGCAGGAUGCCUACAGGCACUCAUGUUUAGGGGCCUGGAAGUGAUUUCAGCUGAAAUGCAUUCCUCGUUAGUGCGUGGCCUCAUAUGGUCAGUUUUAUUGCUUAUGUCGUAAUUCUGGUCUUAAUUUCCAUUUUCAGCGGCAUUUACGCUUUCAUCCUCAGAUUAUUUCAGUUUAAAGAAAAAGUCUACUUACUUUUGUUUACUGUUUCAAAUUUAAUUCCAUGUAUACCCUUUACAUUUCAGUAACCAUUCCAAACUUUCGUUGCUUCAGUUAUUCAAUUGCUUCUGCACUUGAAUUUUCAUUCUGAUUCAGUCAUUCUAUUUCCAUAUUCCUUGUGCAGCAAGGCUGCUACUGAUUUUUACCAAUUUUAAUGUUUAGACUGAGAGCCUUAAACUUCUAGCACUUGCAGUUUUAGUUGAUGCACUCCAUAGUUUAUCAGUCUUUCAUCAAUCAGUAGUUAGGUCAGGUUGUUUCAGUAAAGUGUUCCUGGAGUCCUUUUUGUUUUGUUUUGUAUUGUUUGCACUUUUUGUUUUCUCCAGUAAUUAUUAGGUCAUGUUGUUUUAUUUUGGGGAGGUGUGCUAUUUGCCCUUAUCUUUGCGGACGUGGGUCUUUAUUUUUUGAAUUUUUCAUUGGUUGUGCACUUGCUGUGAGACUGCUCAUGAAUCUUUGGAGGGUUGUGCACUCAAUGCGAUACCAGGAGUUAUGUUAUAUAGACAAUUACACCACCACCACCCCCAGUUUUGCAACGUCUUUGUGGGUACUUGUUAUUUGAGUACUCCUGGGGGAACUCAGAAUGAGAGCGAUCCAAAUAAUACAACUAUAUUUGUUGGUGGUUUGGACUCUAAUGUCACUGAGGAAACCUUGAGACAAGUUUUUAGCCAAUUUGGAGAGUUAUCCCAUGUGAAAAUACCUGUAGGAAAACGCUGUGGGUUUGUUCAGUUCGAUAAUAGGACUUGUGCAGAGGAGGCUUUGCUGAUGUUAAAUGGAAGUCAAUUGGGUGGUUCAAACAUCCGACUUUCAUGGGGACGCAGUCCAUCAAAUAAACAGGAUCAAUCCGGUGGUAUGGUUCAGCAACAUGCAGAUCCAAACCAGUGGCCUGCUGCAGCUGGUAAUAUGUACGGAUACAAUGGAGGUUAUGAAGCCUAUGGAUAUGUUUCAGCUGCUCAAGAUCCUAACAUGUAUUCUUACCAAGGGUAUGGUGGUCCUGGAUAUGUGACCUGAUCAGAUAGCCAGUAUCAAUGUGGUGGGCAGACAAAAGCUAUAUUUUUUGGAGUAAAGAAGAGGUCAGGUCUCAGUAGUCUAAUGGGCGUUUCAUGUAUCCUAGUUAGAGCUCCUAUAUGCCCAUUUCCUGCUGCCUGAUGAAUGGAACUGCUAGCUGUGUAUGCUUUAUCUUGAAGAGAUUGUUAUUUUCUGGGUUAUUCGUUUUUCUUUCUGGUUUUAUGUCUGUGUAUGCUUUAUCUUUCUUGUGGUGAUGCUUGUGAGCUUCAGGCGAUGACAACAUUAUGUGACAUUAUAUCUGGUUUGAAAAGUCAAGUAUGAACUUUUCUUGUUUUUC